GGAAAAAUUUUAAAAUUGAUGAUGAUAACGACAUCUAUGUAAUGGACAGCUAUCAGCAAACAUGUGUUGGGCCAUCAUAAUCAGAGAAAAUAUUCGCAUGUAAAUUUUUGGCCUGAAAUUUUAUAAAUUUUUUUCUUUGAUUUGGCAUUCUAUCCUUUUUUCACUAAAGUAAUUCAAACAACAAUCAUCCUUUAUAACCAUGCCGGCAGUAGGCAACGUAUAUCAACGUGGUUAUCAACCAUCGUGCUGGGAUCGUGUCAAAUAUGGUUUUAUGAUGGGUGCCUGCGUUGGUCUUGCAUCAGGUGGACUGUUUGGUGGUUUUCGAGCCUUAUCAAUGGGCCUACGAGGUCGUGAACUAUUGUCAUCAUUGGGUAAAGUUAUGAUACAAGGUGGUGGCACAUUCGGUACAUUCAUGGCUAUAGGAACAGCUAUUCGCUGUUAAUUCAAGUCGAUUACCUUGUUCACUGACGAACCAGACGCCAUCCAAUUGAUUUUCAAUAGUGUGAACUUUUUGUCCAAAUGAUAGAUGAUUGAUACGGUGUGAAGUAUUCAUCUAUAUCAUAUAUAUUUUACAAUGUAAUAAAAAAAUAUCCUGUUCGUUAGUCUGUACCAAA